GUGAACGACUCCUAUGUUUGUAAACAAUGUGAGAGACAGUGAGUGACUGUCAGUUCAGGACAGGAGGACAGGGAUGGAGUCAUUGGAGUGGAUGGGAGACCAGGAGUUGAUCCCAUUGCCGGACAUUGAGUACGACACGUACCGCAACACAAACAUACCGGUGCUCAUCGAUUGGGGCGCCUAUAGGUCGCGGGUGGGGUUCGCCACCUCUUCGACGCCUCCCCUCAUCUUCCGGAGCCUUAUAUCGAAACAAAGAGCCAAAAAGGAUUCACACGUUUUGGUGGGCAAUGAUAUCGUGGACAUCGAGGCCGUCAAACGGGUCCUGCGGUCGCCCUUCGAGUUCGAUGUCUGCACUCAAUUCGAUUCCAUGGAAACCAUAUUCGACUACAUCUUCCAUUGUCUGUCCAUUGAUACCAAUCGUGUGGAACAUCCCGUUGUCUUAAACGAAGCCUUUUGUGUCCCUCUUUGGUCGCGAACUAACGCUCAGGAGUUGCUCUUUGAAUGCUAUGGCAUUCCCUCUCUUCUGUUGGGCGUCGACGCGCUCUUCAGUCUGUACCACAACUUAGCGGACAUCAGGAACUGUUUGGUGAUCUGUUUGGGUCACUACACGUGUCAUGUUGUGGUCGUAAUGGACGGAACCGUUUGUUGUGAGCGCUCGACACGAAUCAAUUUGGGAGGACUUAAUCUAAGCCUAUAUUUGCAGCGAUUAAUGCAAUUAAAGUAUCCCAAACUCAUGAGUGAGUUCUCGUUCACCAAAUGUGAGCAAAUCGUUCAGAAGUUCUGUCGCUUCUCAAGUGAUUAUCAAUCGGAUAGUUCUCAAUGGAGUCAUGACUUGUAUUUCAAUCAAUAUGUCAAACGAUUCAAAGCGACCAAAAGUGUCGGUUCAGACACCUCUCAACCCACCGCUACUGAGAAGUUCGAGCAAAGAACUGAACGAUUGCUUAAGAAAGUGAAGACAAGUUUGGUUAAGAAACGCGAGAAACAGCUUAUAGAAUGGGAGGACAACCGAAAUCAAUUGAAAGCUUUGCUCGAAUUGGUUGAGGACGAGGAGAUGGCGGACCCGGCAUUGGUUGCGGUGAGUCUUCACAUCUAUGAUAUCUUCUGCGAUGUCUUAAGCAAUAAGGCAUACCAGAACACAGGAGUCAAGAAUUUGAAUGAAUUGCGGAGCAAAUUGAGUGAAUUGAGCGCAGAAAUCAAACAAAUGAAGACACAAUUGAAUCCAAAAUCAGUGCCAGAGAUGACAGUAAUCGAUGAGAUAAAUGAGUGGCAAAAGCAGAACAAUUACGAUGAAUUGCAAUGGAUUUCAUACAUAAGACAAUUGCGAACCAAUAAAAUGGGUGAAAACGCGUGGAUUUUGAACGAACUGUUGAGGGAAUACGAACUCGAGUCCAAACGACUCAAACGUCUGGGAAUGGGAGACAAUGUCAUUGAGUUUGGAUCGGAACUCAUUCGAGUGCCCGAACUCCUCUUCUCACCCAAUGCUCUCAUUCACUACAAUCAGUGCGGUAUCAGUGAAGCCAUCGAGGAAGUGGUCAAACAAUUAGAUAAUCCAGAAAUCAGUCAAACAAUCUUCAUAACCGGCGGCUGCGCUAACAUUGAGGGCAUUGUCGAGCGAAUAGAGACGGACGUGACAGCCAUCCGACCCUUUGGAUCGCCGCUCUCUGUCAUCAAAGCCAACGACGUAUCACUGGACAGUUGGCGGGGAGAGAGAGACUCCGCUCAACACUUUGCCGACCAGUUUGUCACUAAAGAAGAAUACUAUGAGUUCGGCCCCGGAUUUGUCAAAGAGUUUAAGUGCUCUAAUCGUUAUCAUAUUUAA